AUGGACUGUUUGGAACUGCAACUUGAUCUCAACGCAGAAGCGACGAGUGCAGAAGGUAGUAAAAGUUCAUCUACAAGGAGGUUUUUACUCUGAUAAUUUUUUUCACUUCCAAAAUUCAUUCAUUCAAGAUCUCUUACCACUAUUCCUAAACGUCUCCGUUCAGCAACUCCUGGGACGCCAAAAGAAACAGCAAAAACAAGCCGAAUUACCAGAAUAAAGUCAAAGUUCGCUCAAUUUCAGUUGCUUUCGUUAGAAUGAAGUUUUCAGAGAACGCACCCCUUUGCCUGCAGAAUCCAACACUCCAUCAGUGUCUAACUGCACAACGCCAAAAUCUACGGAUUUCGUUCAGCCCCGCGCGCGACAAAAAACUAAGCGAGGGUUUGAUACAUCCUUGCUUUUUUAGUUUAAUAAUCUCUUAUGUUCAAGAUACUCGCCUGAUCCAGUGUUUCUCAACAAAAGAAAAACAGCAAAGGUUUUUUUUUUAAACUUUCGUUUUAUGCGUUUCGAAAGCUUUUUUCAGGUCAAAUUUAGCGACUUUGGUAAAAACCUACGUAAGCAACUCUGCGACUCUGCUGUCGAUUUUUCGCUUCCAGAAUUCAUGGAGAAGGUUUGAGAAUUUGGAUCAACUAACUUUUAGUAUUUUCUAGACUUUAAAACCCCAAAAAGCCAAAAAGAUCAAGCGCACGGAAGAAAAAGAAGAAGAAUUCGAAAAAGUAGUGAAAGAGCACGUGGAGGAUUCGGACGACGAAGGUUUAGUCGGAUCUUGCAAAGACCGAGAUAAUCGAACACUCAGAAGAAACUGAAGGGAAGCCGAUUGUCAGGAUGUCGGACAUCGGCGCGGCGCCCUUUAUGCCGCCACCUCGCCUUUCCCAACGUUUCAAGUCGCCAAAAAGUUCAAAAUCGACUCCAGAUCGCCGCAAAUCCGCUGCAACUUCUUUUAAAUUUCGUUUUCCGGUAAUUAUGUAGCUUGAAGCUCUAAUAAAGUGUUUUUCUCAGACGACUACUACUUCCAAGAAAAAGUCGGCCAGAACCGCCUCUGCUAAAAAUGACACUGAAUCGGAAGAGGACGAGCCCAUGCUCGACAGUGACGCCUCAGGCCUGUCGAUGCUCCUGAGAUUGUUGAAUAUCGGUCAAUUUCAGACAUUGUGCGCCAUUCCGAAGAACCCGAGCCGGAAGUUCUCGAGAAGGAGGAAAGUGUACCUGAAGAGCAGGAUCCUGAAGUGAAAGUGAGUUGACGUUUUUUUUUAAAUAAAGUGCAGUUUUCUCAUUUUUCACUGAAAAUGUGAUUUUGUUGAGCUCUGAAAACUUUGAACGUCAAAAACAGUCUGUAGUUUAAUCUUCUUGAGUUUGAAUAUAUAAUCAGAUAACUUUUUUUUUUCCUGAGUUCGAUUUCACCCUUUUUUUUUUACCUAAACGUACACAAAUUUUUAUAUGUAAUUUUUAAAAAAAUUUUGCUUCCUUUUCAAAUAAUUCAUGUAGAGAGAGAUUAAGUAAAAAAAUAAUUAGAUGUCACCGCUGAAAAGAACUUGGAAUUAGGGAUCGCCAAAGAAAAUCGAUGAUCUGAAAUAGAAGUCCUAUUUGAAAAUUUUGGUCAACUUUGAUUCUUUUGUUGCUUCCAGUCUAUUUCUGUUUCAAAUCUAUAGUACCAAACAAAAAAAGUUUCUAUGUCGUUUUUGGCUUCACAGAAAGAGGAAUAAACGUAUUGAUUGGCUCAAAAACCUGCAGUUUUAAGAUUUUGGUAUAUUUUUUUGGUCCAGUGCGUUUUUCACUCAAAAAAAACAAGAAUCUUCAGGAAGAGACUCCGAGCGAAAAAAAGGAGAAGCGAAUUCGCCGAAAGGAAGAAGGUUUCACUAUUAUAAUUUUUGAAAAAAAUAAGAGAUUCUUUUUUUCUAUUAGGUCGAAAGGUAAACUUCGGAGAUCGGCCCCUCGGAAAAAGGAACCUGAAAAGAAAGAAGAAGCGAAGGCGGAAGAACCUGCGAAGAAAGAAACUGUGAAGAGAAAGUCAGGGAAGAAAGAUCCGGAGAAAGAAGAAUCGGAGGAAAAGAUCGUUCCAAAAGUAGCGGAAAAGAAAGCCAUCCCGAAGAAAUCAGAAAAGAAAGAGCCUGAGAAUAAACCGACCGUCAAAGAACCUGAAAAGAAGGUUUCUCGGAAGGAAUCAGAAAAACAAGUCCCUGUGAAAGAACAAGAGAAGAAGGUCAUUGUGAAAGAUGAAGAAGAAGACUUUCUAUCAACUUUUUCUCCUUCGUUGAGUGCCGUCGCAAAUGUCCGAAGGUAUUAGUUGACUUUUAUGAUUUAUCAAAAGUAAUAAUAAUUUAGAUCUGGACGACCUUCUGUUCGGACCGAAAAGAUGAAGGAAUUGAAAGAAGCGAAGCCUGCUUCGUCGGCUUCACGCGAAAAAUCGCUUCCGACCGAAAAAUCUCCGAAUCCGUCGUCGGCUCUGGCUAUUCGCCAGAAAAUACGAAAGUUUGCAGUCUUUUUUUUAAUUAAGCAAUAAGAAACAUCUAGAAGUAUCGGGCCAGAAAGUCGUGCGAGAGGUCGCAAGUCUCGGCAAAUGUCCCAUGAGCCGUCAGUUGGCCCCAACGAGGAUAAGCCGGAAACGUCUUCUGUUUCAAGUUUGCAUUUUUUGAGUUAUACGGAAGCUUGAUCCACAAAAAAAAGUAGUUCUUUUCUCGGUCGGUAGCGCACUGAAUUAGUCAUCUCUUAGAUACUUAAAGUUUCGACUUGAUAACUUUUUUUUCGGAAGCUUUGAGAUCUUGGAUCUCGAAAACUAGAAAGUAAUGCAGGUUUUCAGGAUAUCCAUACGGUAUAUAAAUGAAUAUUAUGCCCAGUUCUCAGUGAAUUCUUAAAAGGGGAAAAAACCUUCAGUAUGUUCAUAGCUGGAGAAGUUUUAAUCGAAUUAGUCGUUUUUGUUCUCCGGGAAAAAAGAUCUACAUAGUUUUCGUCAACUUGUAGAGAAAAUUUUUGAACUUGUGUUCUCAUACCCACGUUGAUGUAUCAACACGAAAAAGUUUGUAUUUCAACUUUUUUUUUCACAGUUAUUCCCAAACUUCAAUUUUCUACCCAUUCAAUCAGGAAAAAGAAAAACGAAUAUUUAGGUCCAACACGCGCUGGGAAAAAAACAGCCGUGCCCACUGAAGAAGUUUCCACCAAAUCGCAAACUCCAGAACCAUCACCACCUUCCUCUGCUGAGGAUCUUCCUUCUUCUGAGCCCGAUCACCCUUCGUUGAGCCCGAAAGCAGCUUCUCCGUUGCACGAAAGCUCUUCACUUGACUCAACUCUUGCUGAAGAAACGGUCGAGGCCGUGGAAACCAAUAAGGAGAAGACCAAGUCACCGGCGAGAAAGUCCAAACGAAAGUCGAAAAGUGCCAAAUCAAAGCCCGAGGUGGAGGAGGAACAAAAACCGCCGACGGAAGAAUCCGAAGAGAAGGAUGUGCCAGAAGAAACUUUGAAAGAGGGGACACCGUCCCCGGCAGACCCUUCUGAGAAGCCCGUAGAAACUUCGGUCGAAGUCGAGAAAAAGUCUUCCAAACCGAAAUCGACUACGAGGACUCCAGUUCUUAAUGUCGCUCCUGGUUUGAUGGAACUUUCAUUGGAAAAAUAAAUCAAACAAUUUUUCAGUUAGAUCUUCCGGUCGCGUCUCCAAACCAAAUCGAAAAUUUGAUGAGGAAUAUUUUUUGGAUGGCCCUGCCGUUCACAAAUCUGCACCUGCUCCUUCAGUUUCCCCACAAAAAGUUGAAGAAACGGAUAAAGUCGACACUGGCAAUGCAGAAGAUGCGACGUCCAAAACGUAUUUCCGCUUUGUUUCAAUGAAAAAAAAAAAAUAUUUUCAGUUUGCCAGGCAAAAUUCGCUUCAAGCUCAAAUUUCCGAAAGUUGAGAAUAAGGAAAUCGUCAUCGAGACCGAUCCGCCGGUUAGUCUUCUGUGGUGGUUUGUGAAAAGACUCAAAGUUUUAAAUUUCGAAUUGAAUGAAACUAUUUUGAUGAUAAAAAUAAAGUAAGAUAGAAUUUAGAAAAAAAAAAUCGUUUAGUUAAUCCUCUCACGGUCGCAUUGUACAAGAGUAGGUCACUUUUGCCCUGAAGAGACCAUCUUGAAUAUAUUCUUUUUCCUUUACUAAAAAAAAUAUUUAAUAUUGCGUUUUCAGAUGGUUUAUUUUUUUAUGUUCUUGUUACAAUUCGGAAAAAAAAAACUUUAUUUGAAGCCCGAUGAAUCCGCCAAUGAGUCUUUGAGCAAAAUCAGUAGAAUUGAAUCUGUCAAGUUCAACUUCCAUCCAAUUCAGUUUGUAUAUUUAUGAAUCUUGAAUCUUUAUUCCUACGAACUCUGUAAAAAUCUCGAAAAAAUAAAUAAUUAUUAGAUGGACGACGAUUCGAGUGACAAUGUCGAGAGAUUGGCCGGCGGUUCUGAGAAAACCGACGAACCUGGUCCUUCCACUUCGAAAAGCAAGAAAAAGCUGCAGAGCGAUUACCUGAGCAGAGCCAUUCUACCUGGCUACCAACCUUCCUGGAAACCUGUCCUCGGACAUUUCCGAAAGCCUGACGGUAGUUCAUUGAGCAGCUUCUCGAUUGUCUUCUGUGAGUUUAGGAAGUUGGGAGAACUUGGGAAUCAGCGUCGGCGCGGUCCUCGAUCGCCUCCUCUUGCAAGUUUGCAACGACGGAAUAACGCGUCACUCGUCUAUCAUGAGCAAUAAGGAGAGAAAGAGGAGGUUUCCAGACGAAAUUCGUGAAUACAAAUCAGAAAACAAGCUCAAGGAAAUCAUUAUUUUGAUUUCGUCAAUUGACUCAUGCGUUUUCAUUAGCAUACUAGUUUAUUUACUGAUAUGAGACAAAGAAAAUUUAGAUUGUAUUAUUUACGAAGUUUAAGAAAUGGUAUACAAGUCAAUUAGCGGUGGUAUGAAAAAACACCAGCGAAAAUUGAAACGGCGACUUUUUCCGAUUUUUUUCAUAUCGCUAGGGAACUUUCCGACGGCCACCUUUCCGACGAAAUUUUUUUCCGACUUUUUUUCCCUUAUAUUUUUUUCGGUUUAUAAGACAUCUAUUUACAUCCUAUUUUUUUGUGUUUUUAAUCAUGAACCAACUACCUACUUUAUAUAGGAAAUUUAAAACGAAUAUUUUAUCGAGAAAAAAAGUCGGAAAAGUUUCGUCGGAAAGGUGGCCGUCGGAAAGUUCCCCUAGCGAUAUGAAAAAAAUCGGAAAAAGUCGCCAUUUGAAUUUUUCGCUGGUGUUUUUUUAUACCACCCAAUUAGCAUUUUAUAUGAUUGAAAAAAAAUUUCUAUUAAAAAAAUUUUCUUUUUGAAAGAAAUUCUGACAAUGGAGCUAUUCAUAAACUGAACGAAGAUCUUCCAUUUCGAACAAUUAUUUUCUUUUCUACAAUUUGUAACAUCAAUUUAGGGCUAUAUGCAUUAUAAAGAGCAAGUACGAGGAGAAAAAGUUGGAGGCCGAAUUGAAAGGAGUCCACGUUCAAGAUCUGCCCAAGUUGCGCCAGAACCAGGUCGUCAUGUACGUUUCCUUUCUUCAUUACUUUUCAAAUAAAAAAAUACAAAUAACGAGAAGAAAAAAAGUUUCUUUUCUUUCAAAAUAAAUGUGAUCCGAUCGUUCAUCGUCAACACAACUUCAUAUCUGCAAAACUAUAUAAAGAUUUUUUUGAUUUUUUUAAAGUUAUUAUUUGACUCGAAUAAUUCUAAGUUACUUCUGAUUUUUCGAAUUCAAAGUUCAAUUAAAAGCAGUUUAUUUUUCAAAAACGAAGCCCAUGAAUUUCGUUGCACUUUUAUCUUUUAUCAUUAUUUCAACUUUCCCUAACCACUUUUUCCACACAGGGAGCCACGGAAAAGACGUCGUGAAGCCCCGACGAAACACAGCGACGAUUUUCUUUAUCCGUCGCUGAAACGCGAAAAACGCGAAGAAAUCGCGGAAGGCUCCCAUUCGAAAUCGUCUUCUCCAGCCGUUUUCCACGUUGGGCUACGAUCCAAACGCUUUUUUGAGUUUUUUUUUUUUGAAGGACGACGAAACUGCGGCCAGAGUAUCUAAAGCGGAAAGUCGCGAGAGCAAAUCGCAUCGAAAAUCUUUGGAUUAUCUUUCAAAGCACUUCAAUCGCGAAAUGGAUGCUGCCAUACGCGACGCUCACAUCGAUUAUGAUUCUUGCCGUAGAAAAACGCCUCUCGGUGAGGAAGUUCGGUAUAAACGAACUGCAAAGUCAGAAAGCUUGAAAACUCUCACACGUAUAAUGUAUAUUCAAAAGCAAUCGUUGCGGUAUCAAUACGCAUUCCGUGACUUAGAUCAAUGUAUACUUCUGGAGGAUGUAUUAUUUCUCUUUAGGUCUGCAACUUUGAGAUUCGAAAUUUUUUAACUCGCAAUUUUCAGUCUCAGGUCAUAGCUUCGAAUUGAAUUUUCAGAGUACAAGGACGGAAAAGUUUGUAUGUUGAGCUUCGAAACUCAUAAAAAAUUUUUCCAAAACAAUUGAGUCCAAUAAAUUGAAAAAGGAGAACUGUUCAGCUUUUUUUUCCAGUUUUUACUUUUGUGAAUUCGGUUUCUGAUUUUAAAUUGAAAAAUGGACGACACGAGAAUAAAAAAUGAAAUAGUUAAUUUUUGUUCAAGUUCUAAAUUUUUUUUUUUCAAAAAUUCUGUAUCAAUAUUUUCUGCGGGCUAUUUGCAUUUUGCAGAUCAUCUGAAUAACUAGAUAAUAAAAAAAUUGAAAACACGAAAAUUUAUGUUUUACCAGCUUGAUUACGUGCAAAUAAAAAACCUUAUCUGAAAGAGUUCUUUUUUCUUUAUAAACUCCUCGGUUUUGAACUGUUCGUGACCUUUCCCGCCUCAGACUCGAGUGAUGAGGCUUCGGACAAUGCACCGAACUUUUGGAAAGAAGAGAAAAAGGAGCCAAAGAAGAAGAAGAGAAAGGAAAAGCGUGAGACGGUGAGUUUCGCCCGAAAUUAUUGUUUUUGUGAGACAAGUGUCCACUAUAGGGCUCUUCACAAAUUUUUGUGAUAUAUCAAAAUUCGUAACGCCAAAGUUGAGCCGGUUUGAAAAAGAUACUUUUAUACUAAAAAAGAUUCAAGAUUCUCCAAUUUCGCAAUAGUUUUUAUUCUUUUGAGUGGAAGGAAACAAUAGGUGAAGAUUGCCGCUCAGAGCAAAUCGUGCUCCAUUUCAACUUUUCCUCGCGCUUGAGUUUUUGAAGUUAACUGUUUGUAAUUCAUUGACUUCAUCUUAUUUCGUCCGAAAGCUUACAUGUAGGUACUUUAGUACCUCUAAACUUACUUUAUGAAGUUGAAAGCUACAAAACAAAUAGUGAACAAAAAAAUUCAAGUUUUUGGAAAAACAAUGCAAAGAAUUGAAAGAUUUUUGAAGUACCGAUAGCUGGAAAAUAAAUGAAUGUCCUGAAUUUUGAGAAAUUUGGAUGCAAAAAGAUUUUGGUUUUAUUAAUUUUUGAAAACCAAAUUACUUUGGCAUGGCACCAUAGACUAGGUGAAUCUCAGCUUCUUCCUCAUUUUGUCGGUCAUCACGAAAAUGAAAGCAUAUAAGCGAGAAAUAUUUUAAGUAUCAAGUCUCAUAGUUACAUAUCCAGCCGAUUUAAAACAUCUACUUCAACAGAUUUCCAUGAUGAAAAUCACGAGCUUUAUAGAUAAAAAUGAGAGAUUACUUGCGAAUGCGAGGUUUUGACGGAGAAACAAACGCCGGCGGAAUUCGGCUGAUGAACGAACCGGAGCACGUCGACGACGUCUUCUUUCGCGAAUUCCUCACCGACGCGCCGUGAGUGAAUAUAAUCAGUAAUGGUGCUCCAGUUCAUUUCAGAGUGAAGGGCAAAAAUAAAAUGUCUGAUCUAUGAUCUUCACGAUCAGCUCACUCCAAUUUCACAAAUUUAUCAAGUUUUCUUUUCAGAACAGACGAGGUGCAGAGCGACACUGAAAAUGACGAAUUCUUGGACAUCAUGGACGACGUCGACGAGUUCGCCAAGUUUGGGAUGCUGCCGUCCGAUCCGCGACUGAAGACGGGCUCUCUGGCGCAGAUGCACCGCGAGGCCAACGAGGUCGCCGAGAAAAUCGCUGCCGCAAUUCCUCGCCCUUCGAACAUCGACGGCAGUAACUAUACUGUCGGGGACAUGUACCAGAAGUUCGUUGGGCAUCUUUUUCUUACAACCGAACCAUUGAACUUUUCAAGAUAACAUCAGUCCAAGGGUUCCACUUCAGUUGAACAUGCAAAAAAAUCUGAAGUUACAAAAAAAAUUUCGAGAAAAAAACGACGUUUUACAUUUUUCAGAAAAAAAUCGAAUGAGAAAAAAACAACAUUUUUUUCCUUCAAUUCCAAAUAAAUUUUUGGAAUUUUUUUAUUUUAUUGAAGAAAAUUAUCUUUUUUAAGAAAUCUAUAAGUUUUUUUCCAAUUAUAUUUAUGUUGACAAAAAACCCGAGGUAUCUCGAAAAACAAAUUUUCAGUUUUUUUUUUUCCAAAUUUGAGUGAAGCGGCAAGAUUUUGUUUUAAGUUUUAGUCGAAAACUUUGCACGGGAGUUGAUUCUUAUGGUGACAGUCGUACGACCUCUUUCCUCAAAUUUAUUAUCUAUCUUUCUUUUGCUUUUUUUCCAUUUCGAGCAAGACUUCCUUCAAGAAAAUCUUUUUCAGUUCUAACUUUAGAGAUUCUUUUUUGAAGUAAUUGUGUAAAAACUUUUCUAGAUACAGUAAACCGAGCCCGCGCAUUCACUAUCCGCUCAAAGUUUUAACGUUAGUUUUCAAAGAUGCUCGUUUCUGGCUGAUGGAUAAUGGUAGAACUCUGAAGCUUCAAAUAUCAAAAUUAAAGACUUCGCGCAGAUCACGCUUAUAAACAUUUUUAACAUUGCUUCAAACAAUGUUUAUGCCGUGUUCCAAGUGUUUCCGCGAAAUCCAAAGUAACCGUUAGCGAAAGAGAUCACUAAAUUUUGGAGAGUCAGAGAUAAAUUUGCAUUUUGCGGAAAUCACUUUGAACACGUCAUUAAAAAAUUUGAAGAAGAGUCCUAAUCAAGAUGGUUUUUCUUGUUAGUUCUGUUGAAAAAGUGUCUCAAUGUCUAUCGAGUCAACAUGAAAUUUGUGUGCAGGACCAGUGAACAGCCGGAGAUGCACCGCGCCGUUUUCGACAGCGCCCUGAACGUCAUCACCGAGCAGUACGUCGUCGACUGCACUCCCAUGUCAUCUACCGACGGAGAUGUUCUCAAAAAGUUCGUUUCCCACAUUUUACUAACUAUUUGAAAAACCUCAUAUCUUAUAAAUUCAGAUAGUCGUCUUUUUUUAAAUUUUUUUGUUUCAUCCUCUACCUCAAUUCUAAUUUUUAAAAUUCAAAAAAAGCAGUUUGAAACGAUUUCAUUUUUCAGCGACAUUGUUCUUUACAAUAAGACCACUUUCAACGCGACGCAACUGAAGAGUGCUUUCACAAUGUUUGACGUUGUAUGUUUGGAAAUUACAAUGGUUUUUCCAAUUUUUUGAUGUAGGAACGCCAAGAAAGUGUCUAUUGGGUCCACAAGUUCUUCCUCGAAUGUCUUCCGACGCAUUUCUUGUCCGCCUACCUCGUACUUUUGAAAUACGCAAAACCAAUGGUUCGUUCUUUUUUUUUUCCGGAGGUAUGAAUACCGGAAAGAGAAGUUUGAAGUUUUUUUGCUUAAAUUAUUUAUACGUAUAGAAAAAAAUAAUUUUUGAAAAAAAGUCUAUGUUCAUAAUAAGCAACAAGUUCAAAAACAAAAGAUUUUUUUCAAAAUUAUUUUUUUCUAUACGUAUAAAUAAUUUAAGCAAAAAAACUUCAAACUUCUUAAGGGUUAACGCUUUUUCAAAUCUUAUAUUACCUGGGUGAUCAAUCUGAAUAAUGGUACCAAUCAAAAAAAUUUUUUUAAUCAAUUACGCAUUACGUAUUUCCAAUGUUUAUGACAUCAGAAUUUGUUAGGAAAGUUAUUAAUUGUUAUUUAAAGUAAUUAUCGCGUUUCCCUCGUGAUUUUACACGUAUUCUUGAGUUAUUUGGCGAAAAUUUUUGAAUUAUCAACAACCAGGAAAGAAAAUAUCAGUUUUUUGCAACUUUGGCCGUUUUGAAAUAAGAUACUACCGGAAUAAAAUGUUUGCAAGCUGGAAGCUUCAGAAAAGUUCCAACUUUUGCAGACGUCAUCCUACACGGGACUUCUGACGAAGAGCACGAUAGAAGACGUGCCUCCGUGGCCCGAAGUGACUCAACUCGUGUGCAGCUACGUUUCAGUGAAGCCCGUCGACCCAGAGCUCGACUCCCUCAACAGCACGGUCGCCGUCCGAAGCCUUUCAGAUGUGGUUUUUCUGCUUGUCUCCCCGACGAUGUCCGUCGGGGAGUUCGUCUUCAAGGCGCGCUACCACGAGACGAUUUUCAAGUUUAUCUUUGUAUUCUAAAGCACAUCAUCCAUUUUCUCUAUCAGAUGGCUGAAACAAAUUGGUAACAGUCAAUCGGAGAUCAUCCGUCUGCGUGAAGACGAAGACGAAGAGGACGCCUCGAUCGCCGAUGUUUGUGAAUUGUUGGUCAACAUCGUCUGUGAUAAGGUGAUCAAGGCGAACUGUGGACAGUAGAGAGAAAGAGCCGUUUUGAGGUGCGCGAAAAGGCGAAACAACUGCCCGACGCUCGGAUCGUGCUUGUCGGCUGGGGAUUCACGACCUACGUCAUCCAUCGCGUUGUGCAACUUGUUCAUUGUGUUUCUGCCAUCAUCGACUUCGCCUUCCCUGUGAUGAGCGAUCUUGGACGUCGCGGCGUGAGUUUCAGCAUAUAUGACUCCAGAAAGUAAAUCUUAUAAAUGAAAAUGAAAAACAAAACGUUUCGAAAAAACUCGAAGAGAGACCAUUUUGAUCUUUUAAAAAUGUGUGUAUGAAAGGAAGCCAAUCGUACAUUGAAGAAAAGAAAACGAAUAAAGCAAAAGCGACCAAAAUUGCUUUCCAGUUUUAUACACUCUUUCUCCCAUUCUCGAUUUUCAGACUGCCGACGACGACUUUUUGCUCACCUACUGUCCAACUUUGUUGGUAGUUGGAGCUGAAGGAGAACGGUAUGACGCCUUCGCCGUUAAGGACCUGCGAUCCUCGAUGCUCAGUCAGACUCUCGUCUUCUUUUCUGAUUUAAAAGUCCUUUUCAGACACCACCGGGCUUGUGGUCGUUGGCCACGCAAAUGACAACCUUCUCGUUUCGAAACAUGCUCUCCUUUGUGUCGGAAUAACGCAGAAAGUCAUUUUCCGUCUUUUGUUGGUGAGUGUCGUCUCCUUGUGAAGCUUUUGUGAUCAACCGGGAAAAAAAGCGUGAAACCGUCACCGUUCUUGAACUGAAGUUAUGAAAAGAAUAACUGAAGUUCAGACAUUUUCCAGGAACAAGUUCUCGACUUCCUGAAACUUGACGACACCUUCAAAGAAAGGACGCAACUGUGCCCUCUCGACUUGAACAACGUCAUUUCUGUUGAUAGCAGCUUGUUCAAGUAUUUCUUUUCUCUUCUGGAUCCCCAUCGAAGCAAGAACUCUUAAGAGGAGAUAAGCCGCCUCAGUUGACCAUUCCAUCCGCCACGCCUAGCCCCAUCUCUGGUGCUAUCAGCUCCAGAAGAGCGACUAUCUGCGGCGAGGAUUUCGGAGCCAAGAAAAAGAAAAAGUUUUCAUCUUCUCACAUUUCUCUCUGAAAAAAGAAUUGCCCAGAGACAUCGCGAGACCUGCGCCGUCGCCGAGGGCCCUGAAAAACCCGCCGUUGGGACUGCAGCUCUCGUCUCCUUCCUCAUUUCCUGUGGUGCCGCUCUCCGCCGACGCUGCUCGCAGUCGCUUCGACCUGCUCAUGAAAAAGUUCGAAAACUCCAAGACUACCAUAGCCAAAUCUUUUUACAAAUUUUCGGAUUGUGGUUUCGCUUUUUUAAAACAUGCCUAGUUAGGUUAUAUGCAUAUGGAUUUAUGCUUUUUUCUUAAAAGCAAAAUGCAUAUCUUUACUACGCCUCCGUUUUGCAGAGCAUCUAUUCCGGAUGAUAUGCAACGACGAGUUGAGAAACGACCGCAGGUCGAGAAGGGCGACCUUCGAGAGGUCCGAAUGAACCAGAGUCCUGCCUUCUCAAGUAAAAAAGAUGAAGUUUCGAAAUGAAUCUGAACGUGGUCCCUAGGCGUUCCGGCGUCGCAGCAGUACCAUCUCCCGCCGCCGCAGCAACUUCCGCCGCCGCCGCCGCCUCCGCCACAGACCGGCCCAUUGGAUCCGGCUUCCAUCUCCCUCAACUGA